CCCCAGACUCGCCUGACUUCGGCGUACGGCUGACUGGAGGAUGGAGCGUCAAUAUAGGAAGCGUUGAGAUGAUGGUGAACGUGCAAUGGGGGGUCUUCUGCCCAGUACAGAUGAAUGUUAGAAAUGCUGAGGUUGUGUGCAGGCAACUGGGAUUUAAAGAUUCAGUUGUGAAGGUUUACAAGUAUCACACGCUUAAAAUGCCAGGUGCAAAUUUCACGCUACUCAGCUUUAGGUGCAGAGGAAAUGAAUCUCGACUCAUCGAAUGUCCUCACGCCCCUAUGACAGAUGCUAUACCGUGUAAUUUCACCGCCUUUGUGGAAUGUGGAGUAAGGAAGGACUUCUCUCCACGACUAUUCGACAAGUCCAUUACUUUACUGAGAACAACAGGACGUUUGGAAGUGUACCUCAGGGGGAAUUGGACGCCCGUGUGUGACACCAGAAUCAUAGAUGAUAAUGUAGCCAAAGUUGCGUGUCGAGAAAUGAGACAGCCCAGCACUUACGUUCGUGCGAUCCCCGGAAGUGCGAUCUUUACGUGGGAUAACAGGCCGGAUAUCGAGAAUGUGCGUUUUAAAUGCAGCGGCACAGAGGAAAGCCUGUCUGAGUGUACCAGAGAAGUGUCCCACGUCUGUAACGGCCCAGUUGGAAUUGUGUGUUCGUUUUUUCGGGAUUACGAAGUUCGUCUUGUGGGAGGUGACGGUAAAGUGGGUCGUGUCGAGAUGAAGCUCGGUCACAUUUGGUGGACCUUCUGCAGCCAGGGUUUCUCUGACCGUGAAGCUGGAGUCGUCUGUAGAGAAAGACGUCAUUUCCCAAGGAGAUUCCAUGCAACUGUCUGGCCAAAUGAGGGUUUCGGACUGGCAGAUCUAAACACGAUCGUUUGGCCUUAUGCGUUCAACUGUAAGGGUAAUGAGACGUCCUUGCUAACAUGUACCCGGAGGACAGCAACAUCCGGUCUGUGUACGCAUGACAAAGAUGUGGCAGUUUCCUGCAAAACGCUUAGAGAGACGUUGCCUAUGCGUUUGGUGGGUGGACCAUCGAGUACCUCUGGUCGUCUGGAAGUGUCCGUGAACGGCCGAUGGGGAACAGUGUGCAGGAGGCACUUUUCGUCUCAGGCUGCCAAAGUAGCUUGUCGACAAAUGGGACUUCGGAGCACCCAAGCAAAAGUUCUGUCCACGGACAUAAGGCCAUUAUCGACGGGUCCGGUUUUUCUGGAUUUUGUAACAUGUACGGGCAAGGAACGCCACAUCCUUUCAUGUCCCUACAGUAAAGUAGGUGUGAGCAAUUGCAGUCACGAUCUGGCUGUAGCAAUAGAGUGCAAAAGGCGCAAAGCCAUUUCUACAGGAAAGUCCCCGGCAUGUCGGGAUGGAAGUAGCAGCUGUAAAGCCAAACCCACAAAGGGCUCGGUACCUACUAGGACGGGCACAACAACCUUCGUCGUUUUUUACUGUUGUGUCAGUGAUAGUCAUGGCAUUCUUUGGAGUUGUAACGUAUAUCGUCAUUCGGAGAUGCCGUGGAGCAGGUGUAGCAUCCAACCCAGGACGCUCAUCAACCUACCUCGGUGGAGGCUUUCAACCUACUUGCUCCGAUGCAGGUGGUGAAUAGCAACAAUCACCAUCUCGGCGCGGGAAGGCUGUGCUGAAGACAUUCCGUCCUGUCCAGAUCUCUAGAUAGACGACGAUAACCUUGGAAUUAGCAAUGUUUCUUGGAUGUUUUGGGCACAAAGAGAGCACUUGUGCCAUGACAUUCUAAAUAAUACCACAGUAAUGCAUAAUUUUAUCUGAAGUGGAUCCUGGGUAGACCAAGGACGAUAACCCUGGAAUUAGCAAUGUUUCUUGGAUGUUUUGGGCACAAAGAGAGCACUUGUGCCAUGACAUUCUAAAUAAUACCACAGUAAUGCAUAAUUUUAUCUGAAGUGGAUCCUGGGUAGACCAAGGACGAUAACCCUGGAUUUAGCAACGUUUCCUGGGUGUGUCGGGCGCCAGAGAAGCACAUGUGCUUGACACACUAAAUGAUACUACAGCAAUGCACACUUUUGUGUGAAGUAGGCCCGCCACUCGUAUACACUGUUCUGUUCAGCACAGGGGUUUCAAGUUUGUACUGGACGUCACGAGUAUAUAAUGUUUAGUUUUAAUAAAAAUGACUCAUUAUUAAAUAACAAGCCUA